AUGAUGAGACUGGGUUCUCGAUCAUUCCCUGACCUGAUAGUCUCAUCUAUACUAAGUCAGUAUACUCGACCUGAACAUGCAUACUGUCCGACUAGUCAGCAUCCUCAGUCCGUUUGUCGCACCUUUUUUGACCCGUUCGUCUUCCCUCGCCUUGACCUAUCCCUCGGGGCCCCGAAGAUCGGCGACGGGUCCCGCACAGCGCUCAGGGCUCGAAGUAGCUUGUGCGACUCGGUGACGAUGUAUGCGCGGCUCUUCCUACAAGCCCUCAUUGAGACGUAUCCGGAAGAGGACGAGGCUUCUGAUCUCUUUGGACGGGAUGAUCAGCUGAAGAGCUUGGUGAAGACUGUGAAGGGCGUGCAGGAUGGCGCUGCCAAGUUUUCCGCCCUGGGAGUGCAGAGGGGGCCCGACUUCGUGGAGGCCUUUGAUGCUUGGAAGGAGGUUUGGAUGCAGUCACGAAAUCGUAAGGUGCGAGAGAAGUCAUGUUUGGGCCGAUUCUGGAAGCUCUUCUACCAGCAGACAGAGGGUCGGAGCUCGAACAGAGAGGUUCAGCGCACGGUCGAGGUGGCCGACGUGAGCGAGAUCGAGCCGAUCGAGCCCUCGGGUCUCUCGGGUCUCUCUGACAGUGAAUCGGUGGAGUGA